AUGAUCGAAAUAAUACAUCGUGCUGCUCCAAACGGCGUUGAAGCACUUUUACCAGCGAUUGCCGAAUAUGAAACAUUUCAAAGUGAUAAAUCAGCAAAUUUUUUGAGUGAUGGAAAUGGACAUGUUGUAUUCAGGCAAUAUAGGAGGAUAAGGAUUUCUGAUGUUAGUUGGAAAGUUUGAUUUGAAGAAAACAAAAGGAAAGGAAAGGGGGUUAGAGGAGAAAUCCAAGAAAUCUCAAAAGAUAGGGUAUCUCCUGAAUAUUAAAAUCAUAGAGAUUUUUCUGAAAAAUCCUACAAUUACAGAAACAUUUAUUCCAUAAAUUUAUGUGAUCACUGAAGUUCAAGAAAUAUAUUUUCUAACAAAAAAUUCCCCUGGGUUUUAGACGAUCUUAUCCAGCCCCCUUUUGAUAACAUUAUACAGUAACUUCAAUUAUUUCCAGCUUCUCGGUGCAAUUUCUCGUAAGAAAACUGGCAAUCUUCAACUAUAA